AUGAACAGAAAGCGGUUUGUCUGGAACCUAAUGAUCGGACUCGCUAAACUCCACAGUACAGAGUCCGCUUUAUUUGUCAGGGCUCCAUAUUUCACGUUUGAAGUGAACGCUUCCAUAUUACGAGGUACCACGAGCUGGAAUAUGUGCAUAUUACUGCAACUUAAAAUUUUCACCGUGCUAACGUCAUCUUUUGGUCUGCCUUCCCAAAUAAUCUCAGCAAAGCCAGUAGUCCUGGUAUACGCCACCGAGCUCUCCCGGGCCAUUGGGCUGCUAGAAUCAAGGAAUCAGGUCAGAAAUAACGUUUCGGACCGACUGAAGGCCCGGGAGAAGGAGCUGGAGAGUGGUUCUGGCUGUGUAGCUUUUUCAAGAGUGGAGACGGGCGCGAUGAGCCGGGGAAAUUCUACAGGAAUGGAUGCUGCCGGGGCUGGGAUUAUGAACUCUGCUGGUUUACAGGACUCUCAGCGUUGUAACUCCCCGCCGCUCUGUGCCAAGGCAGCUCCGCAAGUCUCCGAGAUGGCAGUCUACUGCGACAACUUCAACAUUUACCACCCCCACCAGCACCAGGCUGGAUACCCGCUGGCGGAAUACCCGGGAACUGCCAGCUCUUACCUGUGGCUGAACGGGGCUGCCGGGGGAUCACCGGCUCCCUACCUGCACACCCAGAGCCCCGGGCCGUUCCCGGCGCCUCCGCAGUUCGUGCCCCCUGCUCCCUCCUCGGGGACCUCCUGCCCGGCUUUCGGAGCUGGCAGCGGGCCGCACGGAGCUGGGGAGCUGAGCUGGCUUUCCUUCGCCAGUCAGGAGGAGCUGCUCAAACUGGUCCGGCCCCCUUACUCCUACUCAGCCCUGAUCGCCAUGGCUAUCCAGAACGCCCCGGACAAGAAGCUAACCCUCAGCCAGAUCUACCAGUACGUGGCCGAGAACUUCCCGUUCUACAAGAAGAGCAAGGCUGGCUGGCAGAACUCCAUUCGCCACAACCUCUCCCUCAACGACUGCUUCAAGAAGGUGCCCAGGGACGAGGACGAUCCAGGGAAAGGGAAUUAUUGGACUCUGGAUCCUAACUGCGAGAAGAUGUUUGACAAUGGGAACUUUCGCCGGAAGAGAAAGCGAAGAACCGACUCCAACUCGGGCCUCGGCGGCUCGCUCACUGGCAAGCCCCAGGACAAUACAGCAGCUCUCGUUAUGAAGGUAACCGACAGCCCGCCGCUCUUGCUGGAAGCCACCUCGCCGGAGCCGGAGCAUUCACGGGGCUCCAGCGACGACCCGAAACCUUCCACGCCGUCGUCCAGCCCUUGUCUGAACAAUUUCUUCAACAGCAUGGCCGGCGUGGGCAGUGGCACCAUCAGUAGGCAAGUGUCCAUGGGCCUCGCCAAUGACUUCUUCCAAAGGAAUGCGUCUGCACUCGGUUCCUACUCGUCCAACAGCAGCUUAUCCUCACCGGAAGCCAGCGAGGUGACGGACUCCUUUCACUUCAACCGCGCGGGUUAUUACAACACUUUCUCGGGAGCUCAAACAAACCAAUUCAACAGCCACUUCUACAACACCUUCAGUGUCAACAGUUUGAUUUAUCCCCGAGAGGGAACGGAGGUCUGAAGAACACGUGAGCAGUAGAAUCUGUGAAGUGAAGAAUUCAGCUCACCACCUCCAUCUUCACACUCCCCACCCCCAUCUUCAAUCUCCUAGUCCGUCUUUAAUCCUUAUCUGCCCAACUUCAAUCCCUUUUCUUCAAUCCCUCUCUCUAUCUUCAAUCUCUUAAUCCGUUUUUAAUCUCUCUCCCCCAACUUCAGUCCCUUUCUCCAUCUUCAACCCCACUCUCCAUUUUCAAUCUCACUCCCUAUCAUCAAUCUCUCUCCCCACCGUCUCUCUCUCCCCAUCUUCAAUCUCUCUAUCUCUCCAACUUUAAUACCUUUCUUGCCAACUUCAGUCUCACUCUCCAGCUUCAAUCGUUUCCUCCCCAUCUUCAGUUCCUUACUCCCCACCUCCAGUCCCUCUCUCCACGUACAAUCUAUUGGCUGAAUUUCCCUUUCCUCCUACAAUCUUACUCCCUCCGUCCUGAAUCUCUUUCUAGCUCUCUCCUUCAAACUUUUUCUCCAUCGCCAGCUUCACUCUUCAGUCUCCCUCUCUCUCAUUCUCUGCUCAGGGCACAGAAUCUUCAAUUUACCCACACAGCAUUCACCUCGCCUUCCUUUUGGAAAGAAAAGAUGCCCAUACGUGUGGACACUCUGUUUAUUGACACUAUUUUCUAUCUAAUGCAACUUAUUGAAGGGUUUGUAGAGACGUAUCGGUUUACUGCCGAAGCGAAAAUAUUUUGAACUGAAGUGGAUUGAACCAACUGAAGGGGCUGGUCUCGGAGUGCGAUGGUGCUUUUUUUGUAGCUUUUGGACCCACGGGUUUGUUACUUUAAUAGUCAGAUCGGGCAUUGUUUUGGGCUGUGAAUGACUUAUAAAACAAACGCAAAACAUAAAAACAGAACGUGCUGGUGAAACUCAGCAGCCUCUGUGAAAAGAGAAACAUUUCUGUAUCACAUGUCCGACUCCAAACGUGAACACUCCACAGACUCGCUGAGUUUCUCCAUUAUUUUCUGUUUUCACUUCAGGAUUUCUAACACCAUCUGCAGUGUUUUGCGUUUAUAAAGAAGUAGAUAAUUUGGCGGCAACGUUUUGUCAAGUGAACAGAGACGGCUUGAAUUUGACGAUGGGACUGAUUUUACGUUAGUGAGAAGCCUCUCAUUAGCAGACUUAGUGGGUUAAUUCUUCACCUCCCACUGAUAGUGGGGACCGCCUUAAAGCUUUUAAAAACACAGGUAGCACAUAUUUGAUGAAGAAACAGCUGUGUACAAUACGACUUUACGAACGGAAAUGUAAAUAAGCAAUUUGUGUGUAAAUUAUAUUUCUGAAAGUCGGUAGUUAUAUUUAUAUAUCUUUUUUUAAAAAAAAGACUGGAAAUUAAUUGAUUUUCUAAAGAAGGGGCUAGACCCGAAACAUCAGCUUUCCUGCGCCUCUGAUGCUGCUUGACCUGCCGUGUUCAUCCAGCUCUACACCUUGUUAUCCUGGAAAUUAUUUGAUGUCAGUUUUAGAUUGACAAUUAGUGGCCAGCCUUUCAAACUAUUAAAAAUGCAAAUUGUUUUGAAAUAAUCAAAAAUACUGUGCAGUGACUUGGCCUGCGAGCUAGAUUUUGAAUCAUGAGAUUUUGGGGAAAAAACACUUUAAGAACGGAAAUUUGCCGGAGUUUGCCCUUGUCUCCGCGGCUCACCCAAACGCACAACACACAGGGUAAGUUAGAUUUCAGUGCCAAACUGAACUUUGAAUGGAGUUCAUUAGCCCAUUAUUCAGACAAGAAGUGCUGGUCUGAUUCCCCUUGUUGAAAAAGGGGCAAACAAUUCAAAAUUGUUUGCAAGAGAUGAUUAGGUUAGAGAUGAGUGAUAAUGGGAGCUGCAGAUGCUGGAGAAUCCAAGAUAAUAAAAUGUGAGGCACAAAAGCUCCUGAGAUGCUGCUGGGCCUGCUCUGUUCAUCCAGCCUCACAUUUUAUUAUCCAUGAUUAGGUUAGAUCCAGGUUCACGAGGCCGCGGGUUCUUCAUUUAAAUAGCAGCAAUAUGCAUCUAUGUGGCGCCUUUCGCUCGAAAGUAAGACCAUGCAAGGCGCACGGGGAAGGAGGAGAACACUUCUGAUGAAAUGAAAAUGCAGAGGGAACUUUCCAGAAGGUGCAGUCCAUAAAACCGAGAUUUAAAAUAAAACUUUAAGAGAAAACUUGUUGAAUAGACAAGGAAAUUGGUACACUGGUCUGUGUAUAGUUUAACAUGUCAA